AUGAUCAGGCGUUUCCAGGUUCUUCCUCUCUUAUGUUGUUCUAAGCGUUAUCAGCUAAUAUGGGACAGAACCCUUGGGUUGCCACUAGAGAGAUCAAGAAGAUCCCUUGGGUUACCAGCCACUCCCAAUGCCAUCAUAGAAGAAGACCCUAUUAUGUGGAUUGGUUUUGAAAUAAAGGCACUUCUUCAAAAUGUUGGGAAAUCUUUUUGUCCAAAUUAUGUGGAUUGGUUUGGAUUUGAAGCUGCUGAUAUACCUCCAAGAAGUGCUGAUAAAUCAGUUGUUUCCAAAUUUCUACAAACAAAUCCUUAUGAUCAUACUACCUUUAAAUUAAAGGCAAAUGAAGAUAUGGAAUACAUCACCAGGAAAGUAGAGACAACUCAGGCAGUGUACAUAAGAAGGAAAUACGGGAACAAACAGUUGUCAUCAUCAAUCUACUUGAGUGAAGCUGAGCCUUUUCUUGAACAAUAUGCCCCUAAUGAAGAAGUAUGGAGCCAGGUCUUGGGGUGGCAUAUCCAUCUUACAAUACAAAACAAAACCACAAUAGAGUUAAAAUUGUGCAGAAGCAUUUCUUAUGCUGCAGUUGCUGCUCAUGCAGAUCAGACUAGCAGGAGGAAAUUAGCACCUUUCCAGGUUCCUUUGUUACUAGGCAUUGGGGAAGAAGAUACAACCCCGACUAAGGCAACUGAAAGUGGCGAUACUGAUCUUGUUUAUCUUGUUCUCUUUCAUCUAUGGCAGAAGAGACUAGCAUUGGAAUUAUUUGGAAUGAUACAAGCUACACCUAUUGCGCACGAUCUAUUCAUACGAGACUCGAGAUAUCAUAUUUUGGCAUGGCUAAAAGGUUUGGAGGAAACGAGACUCAAGAAAAAGUAA